AUGCGAUUCACGCGGAUUCCAUUCGGAAUUAACGCGUCACCGUUCAUUUUAGGAGCGUCGAUCACACUGUACUUAUACAACAAACCAGCCCCAAUCAACAAAGCUAUUCUUCGCAACUUGUACGUGGAUAAUGUAUUGUUCACCACAAACAACGAAGACGAAGUAAUCGAGUUACAGAAACAAGCGAAAGAAACAUUUCGAGAAAUGCACAUGAACUUGAGAGAAUUUCAGACAAACUCGCAGAAAACUACAGAAAUGAUCCCAGAGGAAGAUAGAGCCCCGAAGAAACCAAACAAGAUUCUGGGACAUUAUCACGAUGCAGAAAAAGACACAAUCACAAUUGAGAUUCCAGAGCCACCAGCAGGCUGGCCGAACAAAGCAGGAAUUCACGCGUUUCUGGCUAAGAUUUAUGAUCCAAUGGGAAUGGUGUCGCCUAUCACGGUUCGGAUCAAACUCUUUUCACAGUCCCUUUGGGAAACCAAAGUAGGAUGGAAGUCCAAGAUUCCGAAGAACACAUUACCCAUUUGGGAAGAGAUCAAGAAACUGUUCACUCACACACAGUUCAGUAUGCCUCGACAAAUGACAGAGAGAUACGACUACAACGCUAUUAAGUUAGUCAUUUUCAGCGACGCAUCCAAACACCACUACGGAAUCGCGGCGUACCUCCGGUACACGUUUCCCGACAACUCCUACACCUCGAGGUUACUUUUCUCGAAGUCGAAGGUAAAACCAUUGAAAGAUACUGAAAGAUACACAAUUCCGAGACUGGAACUAAUGGCUCUGACGAUUGCAACGAGUAACGCAGUGUUUCUCCAAGAAGCGAUUCAGCCAGAGGUGAAAAUACAGUCGGUAGAGCUGUUUUCAGACUCAAUGGUCGCUUUAGGAUGGACAACAACGGAUAAGAAAUUGAAAACAUUUGUAUCCAAUUUGGUCAAGCAAAUCAAAGACAACUGCAAAAAACUACAAGACAACGACAGCGAUCACUGCAUUCAUUACUGUCCGACUGACAUGAAUCCAGCUGAUUUGACAACAAGAGGAAAGUCAACGGAAGAACUUUUCAAAUCAGAUUUGUGGUUCCACGGACCAGAGUUUCUGAGAAAAGCAGAAGACACCUGGCCCCAGAAAUGGACGGGAUCAGCCACCAUCCCCAAAUUCUUGACGAAAGAAAUGGAAGAGGAGAUGACUGGCAAACAGAACAAUCAGAAUACAAAGAAAGAUGAAAACGAAACAGAGCACUUAAUCAACGUAGCAACGACAACAAAAUCAGAACAAACCAGAGAAUAUGAAUCGUUUGUACCAUACGAAAGUACGAAUUCAUUGAGUAAACUCACGAGACUGGUAUCAAACGUGAUGAAAGCAGCGACGCUCUUCCAGAAGAAGAGUCAACACGAAUGGAGGAGCCCGAUCCUCAAGAAAUUCGCAGAAGCCAAGACAGGCUUAGAAGGUGAGGCACAAAGGAAAAAAGCAGUAUUGUACCAAUUAAUAACUGACCAUUACAAAGACUCAACAAGUAAUUUAGGAACACUUAUUCCAGCAGACUACAACCCAACGAUCGACAAAUACGGACUUAUUAGACAUGGGACCAGACUCGAAAAUUCGAAUCUGCCCGAAGACACAAAACGACCGAUCAUUUUGAACAGACAACACAGAUUGACAGAACUGAUCACGAGAGAUACACACAUCAAAAAUAAACACAUCGGCACGGAACACAUGAUCACGCAACUGAGAACCAAAUAUUGGAUCCCACAAGCUCGACAAUUGAUCAGAGGGAUCAUCAGAACUUGUCCCAACUGCCAAAGGAGACACGGAAGACCAUUUAAGUACCCCACAAUUCCGCCACUUCCAACGUAUAGAGUACAACGAUCACGACCGUUCGAACACAUCGGAACCGACUACUUCGGACCACUACACUUCAAUGGAUUACAUGGACGGAGAAAAUGUUGGGUCAUGA